AGUGUUCUUUGUGAAUCCCUUCGUACUGUGAAUUCAUGGCAAUGAAGUUGAUUAGUGGUUGUCUUCUGGCACUUGCCCUGCUGGGCUAUCUGGCUGAUGCUCAAUAUACCAAGCCUCAGAAGCCUCAGCUGCCCCAGCGGCCUCAGCAGCCUCAGCGGCCUCAGCAGCCUCAGCGACCUCAGCAGCCUCAGAAGCCUCAGCAGCCUCAGCACCCUCAGCAGCCCCAGCAUCCAAAGACUCCCCCCAAGAUUCCUCCUCAGGUAACACCACCAUUUCACACUUGUGAAGUGGCUGAGCAGUAUAAGAUACAAUGUGGGGUUCCUAGCAUCUCUGCUUCAGAUUGUGAGGCUAUAAACUGCUGCUUUGAUGGACGCACAUGCUAUUAUGGCAAAUCUGUGACUCUUCAGUGUACUAAGGAUGCCCAGUUCAUCGUGGUGGUAGCCAGAGACGCCACCCUGCCCAACCUUGACUUGGAAACAAUUACUUUCUUUGGAGAUGAUCAAAAUUGCAAUGCUCUUGACACCACUUCAGCUUUUGCCAUCUACCAGUUCCCUGUCACUGCCUGUGGCACUGUCAUGAGGGAAGAACCUGGUGUUGUAAUCUAUGAGAAUAGGAUGUCCUCCUCAUAUGAAGUUGCUAUUGGACGCAAAGGAAUCAUUACCAGAGACACCAGCUAUGAUCUUAUUGUCCAGUGCAGAUAUAUUGGCACCACAGUUGAAGCUCUCGUCAUUGAUGUUGGCCUGGUUCCUCCACCACCCCCAGUUGCAGCUCCUGGACCUCUGCGUGUAGAGCUCAGGCUUGGCAAUGGAGAAUGUCAUACCAAGGGUUGUGUGGAAGAGGAGGUGGCCUACAGGUCCUAUUAUGUGGAUGGUGACUACCCCGUCACAAAGGUGCUCAGAGAACCUGUGUAUGUUGAGAUCCGAGUGCUGGAGAGGACUGAUCCCAACAUUGUCUUGACUCUUGGAAGAUGCUGGGCAACGUCUAGCCCCUACCCCCAUAGUCUUCCUCAGUGGGACUUACUGAUUGAUGGCUGUCCCUACCGUGACGACCGUUACCUGACCAGACUGAUCCCUGUGGGUGCUUCAGCAGAUAUCUUAUACCCAACCCAUUACAGGCGAUUUGUUUUCAAGAUGUUCACAUUUGUAGCUACAGGAGGUGCCGAUCCUGGCAAGGGAGGUGCUUCAGAUCCAGAAGCUAUGACUCCUCUCAAGGAAAAGGUGUAUAUCCAUUGCAACACAGCUGUGUGCCAACCAUCUCUUGGAAAUAACUGUGAACCUAGGUGCUUUAGAAAGAGGAGAUCCAUUGCUGCUUCUGCCCAGAAUGACCUCAGAUCUGAGACCACCGUGGUUAGCAGUCAGGAGAUUGUCAUCACUGUACCAGGCCCGGAUAAUCAGUAACAACAUCCAGACAGAACUUUCUUAUUGUGAAAUGUCUGUUCCUGAUGCUUACUGACAAGUGAUUAAAUUUCAAAUAAAUGUCAUGUUGUCUGAUA